GCGGGGCGGCGGCGGGGCCGGAGCCCAGCGCCGGAGCUCCAGCAGCGGGGCCGCCCCGCGCCGCCGCCAGCACCGCGCACCAUGUGGUGGGACGAGCGGGUGUCGGCGCGGUUCCGGAGGAACCUGCAGCCCACCCUCACCUACUGGAGCGUCUUCUUCAGCUUCGGCCUCUGCAUCGCCUUCCUGGGGCCCACGCUGCUGGACCUGCGCUGCCAGACCCAGAGCUCGCUCUCGCAGAUCACCUGGGUCUUCUUCUCGCAGCAGUUCUGCCUCCUGCUCGGCAGCUGCCUCGGAGGGGUCUUCAAGAGGACGCUGGCCCAGUCCCUGCUGGCCCUGUUUGCCUCGUCCCUGGCCAUCUCGCUGGUGUUUGCCAUCAUCCCGCUGUGCCACAACGUGGUGGUGCUGGCCGUGGUCAUGGCCGUGGCCGGGCUGGCCAUGGGCUGCAUCGACACCAUCUCCAACAUGCAGCUGGUCAAGAUCUACCAGAAGGACUCUGCCAUCUUCCUGCAGGCCCUGCACUUCUUCGUGGGCUUUGGGGCUCUGCUGAGCCCCCUGAUCGCCGACCCCUUCCUGUCGGACACCAACUGCAUCCUGUCCAACGGCACGGCCAACGCCUCCAGCAACCUCCCGCACAUCCGCAAGUCCCUGCUGCCGCACCACCCGGGCAACCUGUCCCACUUCGACCUGCCCAUGAAGGGCCUGGUGGUGACACGGGUGUCCUACGCCUUCUGGAUCAUGGCCCUCAUCAAUCUGCCCGUGCCCAUCGCUGUGUUCUUCCUGCUCUACAAGGAGAGGAUGGUGCCCUGCUUCAACGGCAGCAGCCACCCGCUGCUGUCCGCUGACGAGCUGGCCCUGGAGACACGGCCUGGGGACAAGGACGAGCUCUCCACCGCUGCCCAGAGACCCCACACAGCUGCAGGUGAGCUGGAGGAGCCUCUCUCAUUGAUUUUGGGGGGAAAAAGGCUCAGGGGUGAUCCCCACGGGGAUGUCACAGGGGGGUUUUCCCUGCAGGGAGAGUACUCGGGCUUCGUGUACAGCUACGCCGUGGAGGAGCCGCUGGCCGUGGUGCACAAGGUGGCCGGGUACCUGCCCAGCCUCUUCUGGGGCUUCAUCACCCUGGGCAGGCUCAUCUCCAUCCCCGUGUCCUACAGGAUGAAGCCAGCCACCAUGGUCUUCAUCAAUGUGGUCGGGGUCCUCAUCACCUUCCUGCUGCUCCUGAUUUUCUCCUCCAGCGUGGUUUUCCUGUUUGUGGGCACAGCAUCCCUGGGGCUGUUCCUCAGCAGCACCUUCCCCAGCAUGCUGGCCUACACCGAGGACAUCCUGCAGUACAAAGGCUGUGCCACAACCGUGCUGGUGACCGGAGCUGGCAUUGGAGAGAUGGUGCUGCAGCUGCUGGUGGGCUCGAUUAUCCACGAUCGGGGCAGCUACAGUUUCCUGGUGUGUGGGAUGAUCUUUGGAUGCUUGGCCUUCACCUUCUACGCCCUGCUGGUGUUUUUCCACAGGAUGUACCCCAAGCCCUCCCCAGAGCUGGACGAGGCCUCCCCUGACAAAGCAGCAGUGCCCGAGGACACGGGGCAGUACCAGCGCUGAGGGAGGGCCCAGCUCUGCACAAGCAAUAAACCCACCCCUAAUUAAGCAUUAACUCCCAAGGGUGAUUUCACAUUUAAUGAACUGAAUCAUGCAAGUUCUCUGCAAUCAAAAGCACAGCAGGUGGGGUAAGGCAGAAUCGAGGAAAUCAAGCCCAAAACGUCGAGCUGAGCACGGGGUUGUGCCAAAAAAUCCUGGGAAGUGCCAGGACUAAAAGCAGGGAUGUUUGCACAGCAGUUCCUCCUACAAAUGAACUUUAUUUUUUACCUGCUCAGGACAGAGGGUGGGAAGGAAAAGCUGCUCUCUGCUCCUCAUCCAAGACUGAAUGUCUCCUGGCUUGGUCACUGCAUUGAAUAGUUUUUAUUUCUGGCCUGUGCUGCACAGGACCCCCCUUGAAUUUACAGCACAAAUCUGGGUUUUAAUUAAUUUUUGUGACUCGAGUCAGUGUCGCCUCCCUUGAUCCUUCCAAAGGGGGGAAAUUCCAGAGUGGCAGAGCCCCUCCAGGUGCACACAGGUAGCAGGGCCUGUCUUUAUUUGCACACUUCAUUUCUGUAUAUUCCACACUCUAAACAGUGUCUUACUCAGCAUGCUCAGGCCUCUUAAAUGAUUUAAGUAAUCAUUUACUUUUCUAUUUUUUUUUCAGGGCAGGGGGGUGGUUUCUUUUAAUUUUUUUUAAGUCAAGAAUGAGCUGUGCUGGUUUGUUUUGCUUUAAGUCACUCCUCGAGCUGCUCCAGCUGCGGUGUCUUAUUGUUUUUUUUUUUUUUAAGGCUGGUUUUAUUCCCAGUUUCCCAGGCAAGCUCCAAGAGAGAAAGGAUUUAUUUUUAUUUUGGGAGCCAGGCUCCAGCUGCUUCACCUGUGCAAUCUCCUCAUCCAGGUGCCUUGUGUAAGGUACUGCCACAGCCCACGCAUGUCCCAGCCAUGGAAAGACUGGAUUUUUCAGGAAUGUCCAGGCUCCAUCCAGCUCCUCCUCUGGGAGUGGCUGUGGAUUUAACUCCUCGCUUCAACUGCUGUAUGUGAUGUACAUAUGUACGUGUGUAUAUAAAGCAGUGUUUAAUUAAAGGUGAUUGAUUGCUAAUUGA